UGACAUUCGUCGACAUUCUUCUUGGUCGAUCGAGGUUCGAGGUGUUACGCGAUUUUCGAGUGCACGAAAAAAUUCUUUUUUUAUAUAAAAACCUGCGAAAAAUACGAUAUUUUAGAGAAAAAUGUUGCGUACACUUUCCCGUUGCAGCGAAAUGCCAAUUGUGGCAAAACAAUUGCAAAAAGUAUGUAAAUGCCGCCCAGGCUGGUGCACAAAAAUCGAACAAAUUCGCAACGGAGGCGACCGUACAAGUGAAUCGCCCCUUCAAACUGCAUAGACUCGACGAAGGACCCGAAACGAGCGUCACUUUGACCAAAGAGGAUGCCACCAAGUUGUACACGCAAAUGCAGACAAUUCGUCGCAUUGAAACUUCCGCUGGUAAUUUGUACAAGGAGAAGAUCAUUCGUGGUUUCUGUCACUUGUACUCCGGCCAGGAGGCUUGUGCUGUUGGUAUGAAAGCCGCCAUGCGCGAGCAAGAUAACAUUAUAUCUGCCUACCGUGUGCACGGUUGGACUUACUUGAUGGGCGUCUCACCAUUGGGCGUGUUGGCUGAAUUGACUGGCCGACAGAGCGGUUGUGCUUUGGGCAAAGGUGGUUCCAUGCACAUGUAUGCACCGAAUUUCUAUGGUGGAAAUGGUAUUGUGGGUGCGCAGGUGCCACUAGGUACUGGUGUCGCACUCGCUUGCAAAUAUAAGGGCAAUGGUGGCGUUUGCCUGGCACUCUACGGUGAUGGUGCCGCCAAUCAAGGUCAAGUGUUUGAGUCCUACAACAUGGCAUCAUUGUGGAAAUUGCCGGCAAUUUUCGUUUGUGAAAACAAUAACUAUGCCAUGGGUACCAGCACCGAGCGUGGCUCCUGCAACACAGACUACUACACCCGCGGUGAUGUAGUACCUGGUAUCUGGGUCGAUGGUAUGGACGUGUUGGCUGUACGUAGUGCCACUAAGUUCGCCAUCGAAUAUGUGAAUAAGGUGGGUCCAAUUGUAUUGGAAACCAAUACCUAUCGUUAUUCUGGUCACUCCAUGUCCGAUCCCGGCACCAGCUAUCGUACACGUGAGGAAAUCCAAGAAGUGCGCCAGAAACGCGAUCCAAUCACAUCAUUCAAGGAGCUGUGUAUUGAGUUGGGUCUUUUGUCUAACGACGAAAUUAAGGAAAUCGACACCAGAGUGCGCAAGGAAAUCGAUGAAGCCACACAAAUUGCAAAGAACGACAAAGAGCUCCCACCACCCGCUUUGUGGACUGAUGUGUACUCUAACAAUCUGGAACCUAAGCUGCGCGGUCUUACAGGUUACGAUAUUACGCAUAUCUCACAACGCAAAGGUGUCAACCACUAAGCCUAGCAUUUGGAGUAACAGAAAUGUUAACAACAAUAACAAAAUAAAGUAUAAGCAAACACUUUCAUUCGUUUGCUUAUAAGUUUAAGUUUGAAAAGUGUAGCCGAAUCACUAGUAAAAAAUUACUCUGAUUAUUCUCAAACCACUUGAAUGCAAUUCUCAACAAACACAGUGACUUAAAUUGCGGAUAUUCUAGUUAAACUUACAUAUACAUAUAUAAAUAUUGGAUAUUUUAUUUUGUUGAUAACAUCAAACCUGCAUCGAAGAUACAUAUGCAUAUGUACAUAUAUAGCUAAAAAAAAUUAGUUUUCUCUUGAAACAUUUUUUGUAAAUAUCACAAAAGCUUAACUAAAAUCAUCAUGUAUUUAUGUACCUAAUAUAAAUAUUAACAAAAUAUGCAAAUCAUUAUUUUUGACCGAGUAAUGUAAGCAAAAAAGUCACACUAGCCAGAGAAUGUAAAGUUUAUUAGCAAUGAAUUACAUACAUUAUUAAAGUAAAUAAAAGUAAAAAAUGUACAAAAACCCA